CGGUAAAGUUGACAAUUCGAUUGCAACAGGUAUUUUAGUUGUUGAUGAUUUGGUAAAGUAAUAUAAACAAAACUAUGGCAGAUUUAGUGCGUGGCGAAGCGUCUGAAUCGGAUGAGGAGCAGGAGAAACACAAGAUAUACGCAGCCGAAGUUUCUGGCGAGGCAACCGAGGAAGAAGACGAAGACAUCUACGAGCAGCCAAGCAGCGCCAGUGCAACCGCCUCCAUAUAUCGCAACAAUCUGCUGCAACGCAAACUGAUCGAGAACAACAUUGAGAUUUGGAAGGCACUAACUCUCCUCACACGCAACUUUGUGGUGAACGCCUCCAAGCAGCUGCUAACCACAGACCAAAUGCUUAUCAAAUCCCAGGUCUCCUUGCAAUCAGCUCACACUGCGCUGCAGCAGGCACAAAAAAAUACCGCACAGCUGCAGAUCCGUGCUGCGUCGGCGUUAACGAGCAGCUUUUUGCCCGUUAUCCAUCUGAAGGAGGCGAGGAACUGAGGCAGUAUUGCAAACGCAUAAGUUUUUACAGCCUUUUAUUAAUAAACGAACAAACUAGGCUAA